AAGUAACCGUAAAAUAUGGCAACCAAACCCAUCCAUUACCACUGUUGGUGUUAGCCGGUACCGGGCCUAAUCUGUGUGGUCGCAAUUGGCUUGAUUGGUCAAGCAUUCGAUGCCUGGGGAAGGUGAAUUUGGAAGAUGUGUUGAAAAGGUAUGAUCAUUUGUUUAAUGAAGAAUUGGGUAUGUUGCAUGGUAUCAAAGCAAAGAUACAUCUCAAACCAAUGACAAAACCUACCUUCUACCGAGCUCGUAUGUGCCGUAUUCAAUGCGGAGUAAAAUUGAUCAUGAAAAGGAACUAGAGAGGUUAGAAAGGGAAGGGACAAUCGAAGCGUUGCAGUAUUCAGAGUGGGCAACCCCGGUAGUACCCAUUAUCAAGCCAGAUGGGAGUGUGAGGUUAUGCGGGGAUUACAAACUGACCGUAAAUCAAGCUUCUCGCCUAGAUGCAUAUCCGAUACCCAAGAUAGAGGAACUACAUAAUAAAUUAGCAGGUGGGAAAACAUUCACCGAACUUGAUCUGAGCCACGCAUAUGAGCAAAUGGUACUCGACGAUGACUCGAAAGAAUGUGGUUACGAUUAAUACUCAUCAUGGUUUGUACAGAUAUAACCGUCUACCUUAUGGAGUUUCUUCUGCACCAGAUAUUUUCCAGAGAACUAUCGAAGGCUUACUGAAUGGCAUUCCCUUUACAGGAGCUCUCCUCGACAACAUUCUGAUCUCUGGUGCAACAGAUGACGAGCACUUACGGAACCUCGAGGAAGUUAUGAAACGGCUAUCCGAAGCCGGCUUACGUUUAAAAAGAUCCAAGUGUCGUUUCAUGUAACCAGUCCUUGAUUGUCUUGGCUUUCGAAUUAGCGCCCAAGGCAUUUAUCCUGUCGAAGCCAAAGUGCAAGCUGUGAAGGGAGCACCAGUACCCACCAACAUCAGCGAGUUAAAAUCCUAUCUUGAUUUAAUCAAUUUCUAUGGCAAGUUCCUUCCUCAUUUGUCAAGUAUUCUAGAACCACUCUACCGGUUACUACGCAAGAAUCAAACAUGGAAAUGGGGGACAGAACAGACAAAAGUUUGAACGUUCGAAGAACCUCCUUCAAUCAUCAACCGUACUGGUCCAUUAUGAUCCGAAGAAGAAACUAUUGGUCGCUUGUGACGCCUUGCCUUAUGGAGUUGGUGCUGUACUAUCCCACGAGAUGGAAGAUGGAACCGAGAAACCAAUUGCCUUUGCUUCGCGAACGCUGACAGAGGCAGAGAAGAAAUAUUCACAGCUAGAUAAAGAGGGCUUGGCUAUGGUUUUCGCAGUUAAGAAAUUCCAUCAAUUCCUAUAUGGUCGGCAUUUUACAAUUUACACCGAUCAUAAGCCACUCCUGGGAAUAUUUAGUUCCGAACGUGCAAUUCCACAGAUGGCAUCGAGUAGAAUUCAAAGAUGGGCCUUGACGAUGUCAACAUACGAGUACGACGUGAUUUUUAGGCCAGGAAAAGAGAACAGCAACGCGGAUGCCCUCAGCAGACUGCCAUUGAAAAUCGAGCCGAGUACGACGCCGAUACCCAGUGAAGUGGUGAAUUUGAUGGAUCAGUUGUCCCGAAGUCCGGUUGAUGCAGGAUAUCAGGCAAUAGACAAUGAGAGAUCCGGUGUUAGCGCAAGUAUACCAAUUUGCAAUGCAAGGAUGGCCUACCGUCGUUCAAGAUGAUAGCAUUAAACCGUAUUUUACUCGAAGAAACGAACUGAGUGUCCAAGAAGGCUGUCUGUUAUGGGGAUCGAGAGCCGUAAUACCCCCUCAGGGAAGAAGUCAAGUCAUGGACAUCCUGCAUCAAACUCAUCCUGGUAUGUCACAGAUGAAAGGUUUGGCUCGUGGUUAUGUUUGGUGGCCGGGUAUGGAUAAAGCGAUCGAAGAACGGGCUAGAAGUUGUUCUACUUGUCAAAUCCAUCAGAAAGUACCACCGAAAGCACCUAUGCAUCCGUAGGAAUGGCCGCAUCAACCAUGGUCUAGGAUCCUCGUGGACUAUGCUGGGCCAUUUAUGGGAAAGAUGUUCCUAUUGAUUAUUGAUGCACAUUCGAAAUGGUUAGAUAUCCACAUGACCAAUUCGUCUAAUGCCGAGACGACAGUCGUAGCUUCUCAGCUACGAAUGACCUUUGCUAGUCAGGGGUUACCUGAAAUGGUGGUAUCAGAUAAAGGGCCAGCUUUUGUGAGUAAAGAAUUUGAAGAAUUCCUAAGAAAGAAUGAAGUGCGACACGUUACAUCAGCUCCAUAUCAUCCAUGUUCCAAUGGCCUUGUGGAACGAACCGUGCAAACCUUCAAGCAAGCGAUGAAGAAACAAAAGGAUUUCUUGCAAACACGACUGUCGCGAUUCCUGUUCAAGUAUCGGAUUACACCACACACCACUACUGGCCAAGCACCA